AUGCGUGUACAAUUCGGUCUUAUCACAUCUGGGAAUCAAGUUAUCAAGGAUGCUGCCCUCCGAGAUAGACUCAACAAAGAUCAGGGAGGCCAUGUUCUUUGGAUCUGCGACUAUGCGGACUCACACGAGAGCAAUGAUUGGCAGGAGCAUGCUGCUGCUGUGGCGGCUGCGUUUGCAAAGGAGCUUCUGGAGUAUGUACAGCCGAACGACAUUGACUACGAGCGACUAGUGAAGACCUUGAGAUCGUCGACUGGCUCACCCCAUUCGACUACGGUUCUUAACACAGCGACAAUCUCCGGAGGUGCCAAGCAGGAACUGGCCAAUGGUUUCUUGAUUCUGCCGAAGAAGAAGGCGUUGUUUUGUUCAGGCAUUCCCGGAGCUGGGAAGGCAAUCCUCACAUCCCUCGUGGUGGAUGAUCUUAAUAAAACAUUUUUCAAUAAUACAAGCAUCGGUAUUGCUUACAUCUACUGCGAUUUUCGGAAACAAGCAGAGCAGACAGCCGACGAAUUGCUAGCCAGUCUUCAGAGACAGUUAGCUGGUAGUCAGCUAUCUCUACUAGCUUGUGUGAAAGACCUCCAUGAUCGGCAUAACUUUCAACGUACGCGGCCAUUACUUGAUGAACUUUCAAAAGUGCUCUACUCCGCGGCAGCUUUUUUCCACGAGUCUUUAUCGUCGUCGACGUACUUGAUAAAUGCCAGGUAA